AAGAAGAAGACAAUACGGGUUUAUUUGUUAUUCUAACCCGAUCUCAUGAAAGCGCAUUUAAAUGGCACGGUUUUCUGUUUCUAUUUGGCGUACUUUAAUCAGAAAUGGACUUUGGCGUGCAUAUGAUACGCAGUGGUUAGAGGUGUGGGGAAGGUGCGUAUUAUAUGUGCCAAAAUGCGUAUCAUAUGCCAACAAUGUGCGUAUCAUAUGAUGUCAAAAACUGCGUAUUCUAUGCACGUCAAAGUAAGUUUGCGUAUAAAUAGCACGCAAAACACAAAUAAAAUUCGUGCUAUUGAUACGCAUUUUCAUGAGACCAGGCCCGGUAUUUCAGACAGUGCGGUUUUGCUUAUCUGUGACAUUCUUAACAAACCUCAUGGUGUCAUUGUUGUACAGGGAAAGCAUAUGUUCACCCUGCCCCCAUAUCUAGAUUGCAUUUGGCUUUUUGUUCAGCGUAAAGGGAAGAUGAUGUUUGUUUGAAGACGACCAAAGACAGAACUGCUUAACGGUGGAUGCUGCAGCUUUUUCGUGCGUCACCUUUGUUUGUUUGUUCAAGAUGAAUGCAUAAGUAUAAUCUGACCAGGUAGCGGCAUUUGCUUCUGGGUUUCGCUGUCGUUCGCAAUGGAAGCUGGAGGACAAAGGCGCAAAGGGGAGUGCUGGAGGACGGUUCUCUGUUUACUUCUGUGCUUUGGGCAGCAGAUUUCAGCUCAGAUAAGAUACUCUGUUCCAGAGGAGGUAAAAGAGGGAUCUGUUGUAGGAAAUAUCGCCAAGGAUUUGGCACUUGAUGUCAGUACUUUGAUGGACAGACGGUUCCGUAUUGUGUCUGGAUCAGAUGAAGCGCUUUUCGUGGUAAAUCAAAACAAUGGCGUUUUAUAUGUCCAAAGAAAAAUUGACAGAGAGGCGCUGUGUGAUAGUAUUGGAGCGUGCUUGAUAAACCUAAAAUUAGUGGUGGAAAAUCCACUUGAGAUCCAUUAUAUUGUCGUUGAGAUAAUUGAUGUAAAUGAUCAUUCCCCUACAUUUACAGAAAAAGAAAAGCGAUUAGAAAUUUCCGAAAACACUCUUCAGGGAACUCGUUUUCAGCUGCAAGCUGCGAGUGACCCUGAUAGUGUUGUGAAUUCUGUGCGUUUGUACAAAUUAAGUCAAAACGAGCAUUUUGAUUUAGAGAUAAGGGACAGGGGAGAAGACAAAUUGCCAUUUCUGGUUUUACAAAAGCCCCUUGACCGUGAGAAAGAUGCUGAGCACAAUUUAUUUUUAACAGCAAUAGAUGGUGGCAAUCCGCAAAGAUCAGGAACAUUGAAUAUAACAAUACUUGUUCUCGAUGUAAAUGACAACCGCCCUGUAUUUAGUCAAGAUGUUUACUCUACAACACUGCAUGAAAACGUGCAAAUUGGAACUUUAGUAAUGAAAAUUCUGGCAAGUGAUUCUGAUGACGGUCCAAAUGGUGAAGUGUCUUACACUUUUGGAGGGGACAACAAGCAGAAUAUGUUUCAGAUUUUUACCCUGGAUAGAUUAACAGGAGUAAUCCAUGUAAUAGGAGAGGUCGACUUUGAAAAGACCAAUGUUUAUAAGUUGGAUAUACAGGCAUCUGACAAUGGGCAGCCGCCUUUGACUACAGACUGUAGAGUAAUUAUAAAAAUACUAGACAUAAAUGAUAAUGAGCCGACCAUAGAGGUGACAUCUCUAUCGAAGAUCGUGUCUGAAGACUCCAAGCCUGGUACUGUAAUCUCACUCAUUAGUGUUACUGACAGAGACACUGGUGUGAACGGGAAAAGUGUGUGCGCUCUGUCAGAAAAUGUUCCAUUUGAAUUAAAACCAUCAGUUCAGGAAAACAUGUACUCGUUAGUAACUAAAGGGAACCUGGACCGUGAAAUUGUAUCACAUUAUGACAUUACAAUAACAGCGGGCGACUUGGGUCAGCCUCCACUGUCCUCAUAUAAAACUCUGAGCGUGCAGGUGUCAGAUGUUAAUGACAACCCACCUGAAUUUAGUUUAAAUCCCAUCGAAUUAUAUAUGACUGAAAACAACGCUGCAGGCGCGCCCAUUCUCACGCUGAGUGCUUUUGACAAAGACUUAAAUGAAAACUCUGUGAUUUCAUAUCAGAUUAUUAAAGGGAAUGGGACACAAAGUGAUAUGACAUCUUUUCUAAAUAUUAAUUCUGAGACAGGUGUAAUAUAUGCACUUAAAACUUUUGAUUUUGAGACUGUCAAAACCUUUCAAUUUUACGCGCUCGCUACAGACUCUGGAACUCCAUCUCUCAGCAGUAACGUGACAGUGAAUGUGUUUAUUCUGGAUCAGAACGACAAUGUUCCAGUGAUCUUAUAUCCAGUCAGCGCUAACGGUUCUGCUGAGGUGGAAGAGAUUCCCCGUAAUGUGAACGCAGGCCAUUUGGUGACUAAAGUCAGAGCCUAUGACGCAGAUAUAGGAUACAAUGGCUGGUUAUUAUUUUCACUGCAGGAAGUUAGUGACCACAGUCUCUUUAGUUUGGACCGCUAUACAGGACAGAUAAGGACCCUUCGCUCAUUCACAGAAACAGACGAGACCCAGCAUAAACUGCUCAUACUGGUCAAAGACAAUGGGAACGUUUCACUCUCAGCAACAGCGACUGUGAUUGUCAAAGUUGUGGAGCCCAAAGAGGCUUUUGCAGCUUCUGAUGUAACAACCGCAGUUAAAGACGAGGAGGAAAAUGUGACAUUUUAUUUGAUCAUCACUUUGGGCUCGGUUUCAGUGCUUUUUGUAAUCAGCAUCAUCGUGUUGAUUGUAAUGCAGUGCUCUAAAUCGACAGACUAUUCGUCCAAGUAUUUACAAGAUACAAAUUACGACGGGACUCUGUGUCACAGCAUCCAGUACAGAUCUGGAGACAAACGGUACAUGUUAGUUGGACCCAGAAUGAGUAUCGGCUCUACUAUAGUCCCGGGCAGUAAUGGAAAUACUCUAGUCAUCCCAGAUCGCAGGAGGAGAGAUUCUGGAGAGGUAAGAAUGGUUUAUUAAAUCCAAUUGCAGUGUUUGGUUUGGAUUUAUAAUUUAUAUUUGAAUGUAUACUAUUUUAUUGGCUUGCUGCUUCGUUUUUAGCGUUUGUUGUCUUUUCAUGCUCCCAUUUGUUUUAGCAUGGCUGUUCAUUGUUAUAAUGUCUAGACUUAAAAGAUUAGGCUGUUUUUUGUUGCUCACGUCAUGGUGGAUUUCAGAGUUAAAUUGAACCAAUACAGAGAUC